AUGCCUGAAGACGUAUCUCCCGAGAUUGGUCAGCAUGGAGGCCCAAGGUUACGGAAAGUUGUCCAUUCUCCACCUGACAAGCACCUCAGUCAUCCCGUCUUUCCAAACUCGAGUUCAUUGGAGGACUUGCACCGAACAGCACAAGAUGUGUCGCAUCUGUCAGAGGAACUUGCAAAGUCUGUUUGCAUUGAGGAUGGGGCAGGUGUGGAUGGACAAUCAGCAGAGCGAGAGGCAGCAUCAGGGACAACAGUCACAUCUCCAUCCCGGGGUGUCGCAACAUCUGUUCAUCAGACGGACAUUCCUUUGUCACCAAGCCAGAAUAGCAUCAAGUCCCCAGAGAGGAAGAUUGGGAGCCAUCUCGAGACAGAGAUCCGACGGAUGUGGCGACAAUCCCUGGACGGGGAGACACUUCCAGGCUCACCACAAAUAUCAGCAGCUUCACCUCGGAUGACGGCUUCCCUGGACCUCAGCAUCAACAAAUCUGCCAAGGCCAUCAGGUCCACUAGAGAUGGACCACAACACCAGUGGAACGGAUUCAAUGGGACCUUAUUCCAGGAUGAUGAGGAGUUCACCACUCUUGACGAUCUCACAGCUGAUAUUUUACUCUCUCCAGAGGCACUGGAGGAGAGAGAAGAAGGCAUCCUAUUGAAGUCAUCAUUAGUAUUAAUCAUCAAAAGGCUCAUCAUCCCAUAUUGUUGA